AUCGCGUGGCAGUGUGCCUGACGCAGCCACACGCACCAGCCGCGGCGGCGUCCAGCUCGUGCCGUCCAAAGCUCGGGUUUUAUACGCAGCUUCCUGCUGUCCAUUGUCAACACACACCACCGAAUUCCGCCCUCCAUCCGAACACCAAAGCUGCUUCCUUUUCUCCUCCGCCGUGCUCAGCCCGGCCCACCAUGGCGGCACCAGCGAGCCCCCGCGCCGGCGGCUCCGAGGCGGCGGCGGCGGAGGCGUACGAGGACCUGCUGCCGGUGAUGGGGGAGCGGCUGGGCACGGCGGGCCUGCUGGCGGAGCUCCGGGCGGGGUUCCGCCUCCUGGCCGACCCGGCGCGGGGCGCCAUCACGGCCGAGAGCCUGCGGCGCGGCGCGGCGGCGGCGCUGGGCGUGGCCGGGAUGACGCCCGCCGAGGCCGACGCCAUGGUGCGCGAGGGCGACGCCGACGCCGACGGCGCGCUCAGCGAGGCCGAGUUCUGCGUCCUCAUGGUGCGGCUCAGCCCCGGCAUCAUGGCCGACGCCGAGGCCUGGCUCGAGGAGGCCAUCGCCGAGGAGCUCGCCCGAGGAGAAGAACCUGACGCCGGCGGCAGUGGCACGGCGGCCCCGGCCCCGGCGAGCCGCCGCUCGGUUUGAUAAUCAAUUGGCCGGACUGCCUGUGGACUCUGCGUUGCCUGUGCCGCCGUGAUCGGAGAUUAAUCGUGAGGUGUCUGCUGUAAUUACCGUGAUGAUGAUUGCUACUCUGCGAGUGACUGUUCUUGGACGUAAUAAUAAUUUCGUGCAACUUUGGUUUGACA